AGAUAUUACGUUGGCCACUUGCGUUCCAUAUCCUGAGUCCAACGUUCAGUUGCUCUCGUCUGUCUGGUGUGGAAGCAACACCUGCGUUUCGUGUAUGUAGUUUGUGUUUUCUUUUGCUGUUUCCUCUUCGUUCUGCUGUUUACGGUAUUCAGCUGACGUAGUACUAACAUAGCGAUAAAAAUGGAAUGCGAUGACACCACCGAAAGCAGUUGCAAACUGCUGGAGAAAGUGUUGGAUUUGGUUCAGAAGGAACACUUGGUUGCAGGCGCCGACAGAAACAAGAAGCUCGUAGAGUUCAAACAUCCUCGAGAGCUGCAGUCCUUGCUAGCGCUGAAUAUUGGCCAAGAAGGAAAGACUGAGGAGGAGGUAAAGAAGAUUUUAGAGGAUGUGGUAAAGUACAGCGUGAGAACUGGGCACCCUUACUUCUACAAUCAGUUGUAUGCCGGAGUAGAUGAAAUCGGUGUUGCUGGCUCGUGGCUGUCAACUGCCCUGAACACCAACCAGUAUACUUUCGAAGUAGCGCCUGUAUUUUCACUGGUUGAGCACCACGUCAUUUCAACCUUGGUGAAGCUCUUUGGGUUUGAAGAUGGAGACGGGAUUUUUUCUCCUGGAGGCAGUAUGAACAACAUGUAUGGAAUGCAGUUAGCAAGGUACCGCCUCUUCAAAGAUGGUAAGACGGAGGGCAUCUUCGGCAGGAAACCCAUGGUCGCACUAACGUCAGACCAGAGCCACUACUCGAUCAAGAAAGCCGCCAAUUGGAUGGGUAUCGGAAUAAACAACGUCGUGAUUGUAGCCACAGACCGGUUCGGCAGAAUGAUUCCGCAGGCGCUGAAACAGGCUAUCAGUGUGACGAGGGAAAACGGCAAGGAGCCGUUUUUCGUCAAUGCCACUGCUGGUACGACGGUCUUGGGAUCGUUUGACCCCAUCAAAGAAAUCGCUGAUGUCUGCGAAAAGGAAAAGCUUUGGUUGCAUGUGGAUGGUUGUUGGGGAGGAACUGCCAUUCUGUCAAAGAAACACAAGCAUAACCUGGCUGGUAUUGAAAGAGCAGACUCCAUAUCGUGGAACCCUCACAAGAUGUUGGGAGCUCCUCUCCAGUGUUCAGCUUUUGUUGUGAAACACAAGGGUCUACUCCAUGAAUGCAACUCUGCCAGCGCCACGUACCUGUUUCAGCAAGACAAAUUCUAUGACACGAGCUUUGACACUGGGGACAAGAGCUUUCAGUGCGGAAGGAAAGUAGAUGCCUUCAAGUUUUACAUGUUUUUGACCACCCACGGCCUGAAUGAGCUGGAGAGAAGAGUCGACGCUGCUUUUAGUGCUUCUUUAUAUUUGAACAAGAAACUGAAGAGCAGAGAGGGCUUCCGGCCUGUUUUGGAAGAACCACAGUGUACCAAUGUCUGUUUCUGGUAUAUUCCUCCAAGAUUAAGAAAGGAGACAGAGAGCCCAGAGUGGUGGGAGAAGAUUGCGAAGAUCGCUCCACAACUAAAAGAACGGAUGGUCACUUCAGGAGUCAUGAUGAUUGGCUACCAACCAAUCCCUAUAAAAAACCUCUGCAAUUUCAUUCGUAUGGUGAACUGUUGCUAUCCCACUCCUACCGAAGAGGACAUGGAUCAUGUAUUGGACACUAUAGAUGCAUUGGGGGAGGAUUUGUAAUAACUGUUGAUUAAAGUCUAGUCUAGCAACUGAGCGUGACAAGUAUUAUGUUCACUUCGGUUGAUAUUUAAUGUUUUAUAGUUUAGUGUUUAUAUAUAUUUUUAAGAUUUUACUUAAUAAAUUUAUUCUGCAAGAUG